GCAGCUGCUGUUUCAAUGAAUGGAAUGAUACCCACGACAACUACAUUUGCUCCACAAACGCAGCCUCAAAUGAUGUACGACUAUACCGUCCAGCCCACUGAGACAGUUCAUCCUGGUCAAUACCAAUUGAACGCCAAUCCAGUCCUGGUAGAUCCAGCUACAACCACAACGACUACCAGUGCAGAUAUGAUGGCUGCUGCUGCUGUCAUGAUGCCCUUUGAUUCCAUGUAUACCGCCACACUCCAACCCGGAUUAACCGCCGAUCCAGCCAUGAUGCCAGCCCCUGUUGAUUACAACCAAAACACACAACAGAGGACAAGACAGCUGAGCAACGCCAGCAGUGCCAGCUCCUCUGUGGAAAAAAUUUAUUCGUUUGUGGAAAUUCCUGGUACAAAUCAAAAAAAGCGACCCAGAAGGAGAUAUGAUGAAAUCGAACGACUAUACCAUUGCAAUUGGCCAGGAUGUACAAAGGCUUACGGCACACUGAACCAUUUAAAUGCACAUGUCAGCAUGCAAAAACAUGUAAGAAUGGUUUCAUCAUAUGUAUGAAUAUAUGCUUACUAACUUAUCUUAGG